CAUGAUGCAGUGCAGAAGAACCACCACCAUGAUGACAGCCAUGUAUAUACAACAUACAUUGGUGCCAUGUCUUAGAAAAAGAGUUUUCACUUGUUCACUUGUGCAGACAAAGAAGUACAGGAAAAUAUUAUACACUGGCUUUGAAUGUAAUGGCACUGUUACCAGAAUUAACACAUUCCUUCCCAAAUCCAGGAGUUAUGCCAAAGAUUUAACAUAUAAUUUAGAUGGAAAGAACGAUCUUGAGAUUGUGAAUAAGGAUAAGGAAGUGAAAUUUGUGUCAUUUGUUGGUGAGACUUUACCAAGUCAUUUUGAAGAUUCCAAUUGGGAAAAUGAAAUGAAUUUGUUGAAAGAAUUGGAAACAAGAGAUGUACUUGUUCCAUUAAAAGAUGCACAUGAAAUAGAUCUGCUUUCACAAGAAGUUAGACCUGCAUUUAAUCUAGCUGCUUAUGUUAACAGAUCUGCUACACUUCAAGAAAUGGUGAAGCUUGGAGUUGACAUCAGCAAAUGGGAAAAGAGAAAGGGCAUCAGUUCAUAUAUCUUGAAACUGGACUUGGAGCGUGAUAUGAAGCAGCACUUCAUGUUCCUCCAUCAUCAAGGUGUAAAACCAGAGGAUCUGGGACGCUGGCUCACUAUAAAUCCUCUUAUAUUUCGUGAAAAAAUUGAAGAUCUUCACUCUCGUAUCAACUAUCUAAAGGCGGUCGAAUUUACCAAUGGUGAAAUUGCACGUUUAAUAUCACGGAAUCCGUAUUGGUUAUUGUUUAGCACUGUCAGAAUUGACAACCGCCUUGGUUUUUUUCAACAUUUGAGUGGCCUUAGUAGAGGCGAAGUUCGUGUUGUCGCAGUGAAGGAGCCACGACUGAUUACACACAACCUUCAUCACGUCAAGAGGACAUCCAUUGCUGUUACCGAAGAGAUGGGCUUUAGUGAGAAUGAGAUGAAAAGUCUGAUAUUAUCUACUCCAAAAUUAUGGAUUACUAAUGGGCCGUCAUUACUCCGAAGGUUUGAAUAUUUGCACAACGAAAUGGGAUUAUCACACAGCGUACUUGUAAAAUUUCCAAAGAUUUUACAGUCACGGGAAUUCAGGAUAAAGCAACGUCAUCUUUACCUGAAGACUCUCGGCCGAGCUCAGUAUGAUCCUCAUAAACCUAAUUAUGUGUCUCCAGCUUCACUAGUUGAAGGCAGUGAUAUACAAUUUUGUAGUGACAUUGCGAAAAACACUAUUCAAGAUUACAACAUAUUUCUGAAAACCCUUUAAUUAUGUUAUUUAUCUCUGUAUAUUUUGUCGCAAGAUUGUAGACGUAUCUCUUGUAUUUACAUAUAAUGCAGAAAAAAAGAUCGAACAAUUACGUACUUGAUAUAGACUCCUUACCUUUAAGUCUGUAGAGAGUAAACUGAUGAAAGUGAAACAAAAAAGAAACUUAAGUAUGCCUUGUAAGUAAAAUAUAAAACAGGAUUAGUUAUGGAUAUUAUACAAAUUAAUUCCAUUCUAAAUUACGUUAUAUUUGAAUUCUUAAGAUACGAACUACUUAUCUGCCAAGUAAAGCCAUAUGAAUAAGAAGUGAAUAAAUAAAUGUAGUGAUUUUC